UUAAAACUACAUUGACACCUUUAGAAUUGAAAAGCUUAUGGGAAUAUAAUCGGCGUAACCAUUUCAUCUGAAAAUAUUACUUUUUAUACAAGUUUUUGUGUAUCCAUCUUAUUACAAGUGCCCUGUGAUUUUCCGUGUCGCAGUAAGCAAAAUUUAGCCUUAUUGGUUUGGGCAAAAAGACAGAAAUUUGAAAUGGCCGACCCGGAGCUUAAGAAAAGUAAAGUAUCGAUGAUGGCUAUGAAGAGUCAGUCGCAUACACGAUCGCAUGCAGCAUUCGGUUCUAAAUCAAUGAGUAGAAUGAAAAUGAGGAAGGGAUCUUUUGGUUUCGCCAGUGUGCCCGGAAUCAGACCUGUGGAAAGAACUUCUCAGCUGGCCAUAGAGUUUAAGCGUCCACCGUUACUAUUCCUGAACACGUACCAAUUAGAUCCGCACCCGGAUGGUAUAUUUAAUGUUCCAAAAGUUAGAAAAAUUACAGAAGAAACAUUAAAUGAAAACUUCACUGGUCAUCGCUACAAUAUGCAGGAAUCACCAGCGGUCGCAUUGAAAAUAGCAGGUGAAGUAAUGCGUAAAGUCAAAGCUUUGCAAUUUAAUCGAUACAGAAUAUGUACUGUCGUCACUAUUGGACAAAAGCGAGCUCAAAGCUACAAUAACGCAGUGUCGUUCCUGUGGGACCACGAAAGGGAUAAUUACUUCGAUGCUCAGAGAGAAGAGAGUACUGCGUUCAUACAAGUUACCACGUUCGGGGUUUAUCUUGAUUAGUUCCAUAAUAGUUUGCUAUGUAGUAUUUUUAGUAUAUUAUUAAUCUAUUAAUCUAUAUAUAUAAAAAUGAAUUGCUGUUCGUUAGUCUCGCUAAACUCGAGAACGGCUGAACCGAUUCGACUAAUUUUGGUCUUGAAUUAUUUGUCGAAGUCCAGAGAAGGUUUAAAAGGUAGCUAAAUAUGAAAAGGCUCGGAAUUAAAUAAAAAUGGCAAUUUUUUUCUUUUGAUGUGUCCUCCGUCGGACGAUUUCCUUUUGUUUGUUUUAUGUUUAUUUUAUACAAAAGCUUAGGUCUUUUAUUUACCGAUUGAGGCGCUAAAAAGUCUGCCGGAUAGUACGAAAUAAAUAAAUUAUUCCAGGGGCUAUUAUUAUUGCUAUCGAGUCGUUUUCGUUGUAGAUAAACGUUUGGUGUUUGUCUUACUUGUUUUUGCACUUGUAACGCAGCUCUAUAUGUUAGCAAACAAAUAAAAUUGAUGUAUUUUUCUAAUAUCAAUAUAAUAACUAUUAGAUGCUUAUGAAAAUA